AUGCUGCCAGUGAAACCACCACAAACAUUCCGCCUACCAAAAAGCCAUAUAGAAGGCGUGGAUGAAGACGUAAUUGAGACUAUUGCAUCUCCUAAUUCAAACCAUUUCUUAUUGAUAACAAAGACCAGACUUUUCGUGUAUCAAGCCAAGCCAUUCGGGCCAGUAGCGUGCCAUGAACGUACUCAGGAGUCAAUUGAGCUUUUUGGGUGUAAUGCUGGGUUAAGAGAUAAUUUGCCAAGUGGCUCACAUGUAGAAGGUUUGUUAAGGGAACAAUACUGCGAGCCUAUCACGGAUGAAAAGAUGUACUUUUAUGUCAUGACAGAGAAUAACUUUCUUUUGGUUUACGAGGUAUAUACUAGAACAUCCGAGGGUGUUGUGUACAAGGAUUAUGGUAUUCCGCUCAAUAUUCAGGAAGGCGGGUAUUCAGCCCGUAGCGUGGUAGAAGACGAUACAGAUGAUGAGGUCUUGACCGUCUUUGCAAUUAACGAGAGCCAUAAGGUUAUUCAAAAUGGCUAUACCAUUUCGAAGCAAAAGGGAUUUUUGCAGUUUAUUCGAAAUGACGAAGUGGUAGAGGAAUUACCAAUUCGACGAGCGGAGUUAAGACUUCACGUAGUCUUGAAGUUUGAUCACAAUAUAAUAGAUUGCAUUGGUAUUAUAGCCCAUGAUAAAAACGGAGCAAAUCAAACAAGCGAGUACCUAUUAGUGUUGUUUGAACACGGUUUACAAGUUUUGAAACUAGAAGACUUUAAAUUGGUUGAAAACAAGUUAAUUCAUAUACUCGAUGGGAAACGCUUAAUAUAUUAUUCUGGAGAGGUGCUAGUCAUAUCAUCUAAUGCCACUUCUGAAAAGCACUCUAUUAAUCACAUCCUUUUUGAUAAAGAAUCCGUGGAAUCUCAAGAAGUUGCUUUGAAAAAUGGAUCUAACAAGUUCACAUGCUCCACUUUAUUUGAUCAAUCACUAGUAUUGGUGUUUGAGAAUAUCAUGGUGUACUAUGAUAUCGUAGAUAGACAACUAACAGGGGACCUUGUAGGAGACUCGCAAAUUCAAAAGAUCAUAUGCCUUUCUGCUGACUCUAUGCUACUGUUAACUGACAAUAACUCUGUUGUUUUCACUAGUAAAUGGGGCAAUAUAUUACAAUCUAUUUACAUUGAUGAGAAUCAAUUCAAGUUGAUUAACUGUUCAGCCAUGGAUAUGAAACUUCUAAUCUGUGGUUCAGAUGGAAAGAUUCAAUUCUGGGACUUGUGGAAGAAGCUAAGUAGCUCUCUUUCCAAUUUUAGAACAAGUAAAGUUUUCACUUUGAUUAACGAUAAUAAUGACAUUCUACUCUAUUCUCCUAUGAGUGAGUCCAAUAAUACGAGCUCAUUUCAGACAAUUAAGCUACCAACUAAAACUGUGAACAAUAAUAUAACCAUUUGUAAGGUCAAUGGAUUACUUACAUUGUUGGUUGUUUACGUAGCGAACAAAGAGAUAUUGUUGAUAAAUUUUUUAAACUCUAACAAGUGGAUUAGUUUCAGUCAGUUAAAUAUCAAAGGUAUUGAUUGGUUAGGGGACGAUUACCUGAUGUGCCAUUUGAUCGAUGAAGAAAAUGACACGGAAUACAUAAAGUGUUAUCACUUCCCACUGUUAAAUCACGAUUCCACUGAAUUGGAGAGCUUCAAGAUUUGGGAAUGGGAAGUUCCUCAAGGAACUAAAUUGAAUGGUUUUUACGUCAAUACAUUGUCUACUUUCAAGAUGUUGAAGUUCACAGAUGAAAGUAAGGAAGAUUCUGAAGACACAAGCAGAAAAUUAUUUGUGACUUCAGAAAUUAUCAUGGAUCUUUCGAAUUCUCAGAUAGUAAUAUUUGAUGCAUUAAGCUCUAUACAUCCUACAGGUGUAAAUUUAGUUCAGAAAUUCCAUCAGUUUGGCACUCACCAGUUUCCUGAGAAAUCGUUAGGAAGACUGAAGUGGAUCCACAAGUACAAAGAUGGGUUUAUUGCAUGGAUUGGCGACCGAUUAGUAAUAAUUGUUCAACAAGAAGACAAAGAAUGGCGAUUCAUCGUAGCGUAUGAUAGGGUUGAGCAAAUAAUCGAGAUAUAUGAGGAUAACCUUGUUAUUGUUAGUGGUAAUGAAGUGUUGCUUUACGGUUUUGAGCAUAUUUGGACUGUAGAUGAACCAUUGAUAACUACCCCGGUUAUUGAAGAAGAGUAUCCGAUAUCUAUUUCCUUGGACACUGCUACGUUGCACAACAUAUCAAGCGUAACCACACAAAAGUUAAGCAAGAUAUCCAUGUCUCACUCUGUAUACCUUGAUAUGAUCUUGGACCGAAACUUGAAGCUGGGUGUCGAUUUCAACAAGAUAGAUGAGAAAUACCGCGAUUUAAAGCACUACAAAUUUUGUUUAGAAAAGAUAUUGUCCAAUAAAAUUUUAGAGCAUCAAAGUUUGGACUCUAUCCUCCAGCUAAUUGACAAGUAUGAUAAAAAUUCAGGUGGUGUUUCGAAUGUAGUCGGUAAACUUGAGAUUGUGGGUAAUUGUUUGAGAAAAAUUGAAACUAAGCAUUGGAACUAUUUGUUUGAGAAUCUUAAGCUAACUCCAAGAGAUUUAAUCACAAAAUGUAUUGAAUUAUCGGAAGCUAAAAUUCUAGGCACCAUGCUAAUGGUGUUUUUGAAUUAUGACGAAGGGGAAACUAAUGAUAAAGAUGAUAAGAUUGUUCAUGAUAAAAAGAAAACCGACAGUAAACCCAAGACCAAGGGAAAUAAGAAAAAAGGUAACAAAAAGGACAGUAACGCCAAGCACAAAAAUAAUACAAAAAAUCAAGAUUCUAAUGCUGUUUCUGAAUCUAAUGAUUCUAGUGUGUCAACAGUCUUGAAAGACGAGACAAUUAUCGCCCAAGUAUUAAAGAUUUUUGUUUCAACUGCAACUCUUUCUACUAGCAAAGAACAGGCACAAGAAUUCUGGGACUUUGCCCUCCAGCUUGUUCGCUUCCUCAGAGCCUUGGACAGCAAGGGAGACACUAAUUUAGCCCAAACAUGUCUGGACAUGAUAUAG